CUACGGUGGCCCAGAGGGAGCAUUUGUGUUCCCUCGAAUGGCGGUGUGAAGAGUGUUCGCCUGAGCCAGAUCCCAAGCAGGUUUCACUGAAGAAACAUCUUAGAGAUUCAUUGCACCUCUGAGAUUUAAUGUUUACAACUUGGAGUUGUUGACCUUCUUAAACAUUUUGAAAGUCAAAAUGAAAGUUUUCUGUGAAGUUUUAGAACAGUUAUACAAGAAGGUACUUCUUGGAGUCACACUUGAAAAUGACAGCCAUGAUUACAUCUUUUAUCUCAACCCAGGAGUUUCAGAUCAAGAUUGCCCUACAGCCACCUCCUUAGAAUGGGCAAACACCUAUGGUAUCCAGGGCAGGCAUCAGCCUAUCUCUGUCGGUGUGGCUCCCAUUGCUGUAGCACCUGCAUGUUUGAAGACCAACUCUCUGAUGAGCAGUUCCAGAGAAGUAAUGCUCCUUCAGUUAACAGUGAUCAAAGUGAUGACAACCCGGAUAUUGUCUGUCAAAACUGAGUUCCAUGCAAAGGAGAAAUACAGAGAUAUAAUUAAAAUUCUCUUAGAAUCAGCUAAAGUUGAUUCUAAAUUAAUCUGUAUGUUCCAAAAUUCAGAUAAAUUGUUAUGUCACAUGGCCGCACAGUGCCUUGCAUUGCUUCUCUAUUUCCAAUUGAGAGAAAAGAUAACCUUAAGUAAUUCCUGGAUUGCUUUUUGCCAGAAAAAUCUUUCUGAAUACUCUGAGAGUAAUAAAGCAAUAUACUGCCUCUGGACUCUUACAGCAAUAAUAAAAGAAAUCUUUAAAGAUUCAUGUUCACAAAAAACAGAAAUUCUAAAGCAGUUCCUGACUCAUUUCGACACUAUUUUUGAAGUGUUUUACAAUUCCUUAUUCUCUCAGCAUUUUGAAAACUGCCAGGAUACUUCUAAAAUAGUAAACAUCCUGAUAUGUUUCCUGGAGUUGCUUGAGCUUCUCAUAGCCUCCAGAAUCUACCUGAAGUUACAUUUCACUUGCCAGAGGAUUUUAUUUUUGAAACCAUCUUGCAUGCUAGAAGUUAUUACCUGGCCUAUUCAGGCUUUUGUCAAAAGGAAGGUCAUCAUAUUCCUCAAAAAAUGCCUUCUCUUUAAAGUGGGUGAAGACCUUUGUCGUGGAUCUGUACCUCCCCUAAUGCCGCCAGACCGUCAUGUAGCAAUGGACAUGCUGGCUUUAGCUAAUGCCGUUUUGCAAGCUGUGAAUUCGGGAUUGUUGAAGACACUGUCUGUUGAUGGAAAACAUUCCUUUUUUGGAGGUGAUGAAGUUCAACCUGGAUGUGAACAUAUCGCUAGUCCAGAUCAUGUGAUCCUUAGAGCAGCAAGCUUAGUUAUAAUGAAAUCCUUGGAAAUCAAGUUUCAGAAUUGUUUGUCAGCAAGUGAAAUGAAAGUUGACUUACAGAGGUUCAUGUCUGAGUUAUUGACCUUCUUAAAGCCUCACCUUCAGCCCUCUCUGCAAUUACACAAUCCAUGCAAAUGGCUGUCUAGAGUUUUCAUAGAACAAGACGAUGACAUGCUGGAGGCUGCCAAGGCAUUACUGGGCAUCUACUUAACACUGACCAGAGGAUGUGAAGCCACUGAAAGCUUGACCCAAGGAAAAGAAAUGUGGGACCAUCACACACAUGAAAAUGGCUACAAUCCUCACUGUAUUUUCUUGUUCUUCUUAAAAAAUAUAGGAUUUGAUUCUACAGUUCUUCUUGACUUUUUGAUUUCAUCAGAAACCUGUUUUCUUGAAUAUUUUGUUAGAUAUUUAAAAUUACUGCAAAAGGACUGGGAUAAUUUUUUCACCAUUUGCAAUAACUUUGAUGCAACUGAAUCUAAAUAUGACAUAAGUAUUUGUGACUGUGUCCCCUCACUUGUCCAAGACCAAAGCACCAACCGAACAAUACCCCAUCAUUUGACUGCUCCUCAUAGUCACAUAGAUGUGUGUACUCGGCACUCCUGGGCUUCCGAUGCUCCCUUUGAACCACUGAAAGCUAUGAUGUCCAAGGGGACUGACACCAUGUGUACUUCUAGUCUGUCUUCCCCCCGGGCCUCUCAAAGUCUGGUAGAUUACGACAGCUCUGAUGAUUCUGAAGUGGAAUCUACAGACCAGUGUUUAGCUAACAGUAAACAGACAUCUUUACACCAACAAGCAACUAUGGAGAUUCAGGAUGCAGCUGGGACAAGCAGAGAUAAAGAAGAAUUUAGCCUUGAGCCUCCAUCAAGGCCUCUGUUUCUGAAAGAAUUUGAUACUGCCUUCUCCUUUGAUUGUGAAGUAGCCCCAAAUGAUGUCGUCUCUGAAGUGGGAAUAUUUUACACAAUAGUAAAAUGCUUCCAGGAACUACAAGAUGCCAUCUGCCGUUUGCAAAAGAAAAAUCUUUUCCCAUAUAAUCCAACUGCACUUUUGAAGUUGUUAAAAUACAUAGAAGUGAUAAGUAAUGAAACUAUGAACACUUUGUAAAACAUUGGCAUUUUAUUUUCCAGGAAUUAUUUUUCCUUAAUAUAAAUUAUGUCUCAAUGAAAUAAUAGUAUAAAAUAAUCACCACAAAAGGGUUUUCCUUUUUUUUUUUGAGGCAGAGUCUGAUUCUGUUACCCAGGCUGGAGUGCAGUGGUACGAUCUCAGCUCACUGCAACCUCCACCUCCCUGGUUCAAGUGAUUCUCCUGCCUCAGCCUCCCGAGUAGCUGGAAUUACAGGUGCCCGCCACCACACCCAGCUAAUUUUUGUAUUUUAGUAGAGACGGGGGUUUCACCAUGUUGCCAGGCUGGUCUUGAACUCCUGACCUCAAGUGAUCCACCCGCCUUGGCCUCCCAAAGUGCUGGGAUUGCAGGCAUGAGCCUCUGUGCCUGGCUGGGUUUUCUAAACAAGUUCUUACUUUUUGCCUUAUUGGAAGCAACCUAGUGACUGAAAAAGAGAUAUCAAGUGACAAGUCACUCAAUAUACCUAUAUACCACUGGAGAUUUAUGACAGUUCAAACUGAUACAAAAUCAGGGGUGGUGAUCACGCUUCUUAACUAGGGCUGCCAUAACAACUUGCCACAUGUGCUGCAGCUUCAGACACCUGAAAUUAUUCUCAUAGUUCCGGAGGCCAGAAUCCAAACUCAAGGUUCAGCAGGGCAGUGCUCUCAGGGUCUGGAGAAGAAUCCCUCCCUGCCCCUUUCUGGCUUCUGGUGGCAGCCAACCAUCCAUGGUGUCCCUUGUCUUGUAGCGGCAUCACUCCAGUUCCUGCCUCACAUAGCAUUUUCCUGUGUCGGUGUCCAGUUUCCCUCCUACAAGGACAUCAUCGGUCAUUGGAUUAGAACCCACCCUCAUCCAGUAUGGUCUCAACUUGAUUGCAGCUGCAAAGACCCUAAUUCCAGAUAAGGUCACUUUCACGUGUUCUUGAUGGACUUGAAUCCAGGAGGGUCACUAACCAAAUAUAGUUACUAUUUCCUUCUGGGGUAUUUACACAGAAAGUGAUAUAUUAAAAAUGUAAAACCUUA